AAAUUAUUCUCUGAGCUAUUUGAAGAGAGUGACUAAAUGCCACUGGGUCGGGCUGUCUGUGGGUAUGAAGUGGUUGGGAGACUCCAAGAACAUGGUGGUGAAUGGCAGGAGAAAUGGAGGCAAGUUGUCUAAUGAACACCAGCCGAGUCAAUCCAAAUUUCAGCACGCGGGAAAGGACGCCCUGAAGGCUGGCAGAAAUGCAGUUGAGAGGAGGUCAAGCAGAUGUAGUGGCACUUCAGGGUUCGAGGGACAGAGUCGCUAUGUACCUUCUUCUGGGAUGUCUGCCAAGGAGCUGUGUGAGAAUGAUGACCUAGCCACCAGUUUGGUGCUUGAUCCCUACCUGGGAUUUCAGACCCACAAAAUGAACACUAGCGCCUUUCCUUGGAGGAGCUCCAGGCAUUUUACCAAAUCUGACAGCUGCCCUCAUACGCACCCGGUGAGAUUCCGACCUAUUAAAGGAAGGCAGGAAGAACUGAAGGAGGUGAUCGAACGCUUUAAAAAAGAUGAGCACUUGGAGAAGGCCUUCAAAUGCCUGACCUCAGGCGAAUGGGCUCGGCACUAUUUUCUUAACAAGAAUAAAACGCAAGAGCGAUUGUUCAAAGAACAUGUAUUUAUUUAUUUGCGAAUGUUUGCGACUGACAGUGGAUUUGAAAUCCUGCCCUGCAACAGAUACUCGUCUGAGCAGAACGGAGCCAAAAUAGUGGCCACAAAAGAGUGGAAACGGAAUGACAAAAUAGAAUUGCUGGUGGGCUGCAUUGCUGAGCUCUCAGAAAUAGAGGAGAACAUGCUGCUUAGACACGGAGAAAACGAUUUCAGCGUCAUGUACUCCACCAGGAAGAACUGCGCUCAGCUCUGGCUCGGCCCUGCGGCCUUUAUAAACCAUGAUUGCAGACCUAACUGUAAGUUUGUUUCAACUGGUCGGGACACGGCCUGCGUGAAAGCCCUGAGGGACAUCGAGCCGGGAGAGGAGAUCUCUUGUUAUUACGGAGACGGGUUUUUUGGAGAAAAUAAUGAGUAUUGCGAGUGUUACACUUGUGAAAGACGGGGCACUGGUGCUUUUAAAUCGCGAGUGGGCCUGCCCGCGCCCACUCCUGUCAUCAACAGCAAAUAUGGGCUGAGAGAGACCGACAAGCGCUUAAACAGGCUCAAAAAGCUGGGCGACAGCAGCAAGAACUCCGAUAGCCAGUCCGUCAGCUCCAACACGGAUGCCGACACCACUCAGGAAAAAAACGACGCAACUUCCAACAGGAAAUCAUCUGUUGGCGUAAAGAAGAGUAGCAAGAACCGAUCGUUGGCACGGCCGUCGUCGUCGUCAUCGUCGUCGUCGGUGUCCCGGAUACCAGCGUCCUCUGACUCUACCUCAUCCAAACUCACUCCUAUCCACAAUCCCAGGGUACCAAAGAAACUGAAAAGGCCUGCCAUCAAGCCUUUACUUUCCAAGAUAAAGCUAAGAAACCAGUGCAAAAGGCCGGAGCAGAAGGGCACCUCGAGGAAGCUCCAGGUGGGCAACCUGGUCCUCAAAGAGCCCAAAGUGGUUCUCUACAAAAACCUGCCCAUCAAGAAGGACAAGACAGCCGAGGGACCAGCGAGUGCCACAGCGGCCAGCGGGUGCCUGACUCGCCAUGCCGCCCGAGAACACCGGCAGGGGCCCGUGAACGGGGCCACCGAGCAGGACGGGGCGUCUCCCUGCACCUACAUCACUCGGAGGUCAGUGAGGACGAGAACGAAUUGGAAGGAGACCUCUGAGUCGGCCCUCGAACCAAACCUGUCAGGCAACUCUCCGAGCACCUGGAUGGGCCCAGGCCCAGGCCCUGGCACAGACACGGACAGUGUGGAGCCGCCCAUUGGCCAUGCAGUGCGUGACCAGGAAAAGGCUCAUGAAGCCACAUCCCCAAAAGGGGAGGGGAGGGCCCCAAAGGAUGACAUAAGCGUGGCCAAAAAGAAAUCGCGACAAGGAAAACUUUUGAAACAGUUUGCAAAAUCAGAGGAGCCCCUCCCUGUCCUGGAUGCUCCUGAGGGCGAUGAAGUGGUGCCCGACCUCAUCAGCUCUCACUCUGACCAUGGAGAGCCCAGGGACAGAGUGGACGGGCCGGCUAGCCGCCAGGACUGCGUACCUGCCGCCACGGGGGGUUGUUCUGUGGGGACCCCCGAGCAUUUCAAAACAAAAGACAACUUUAGAACUGCAAAAAGCAAAAAAAAACGUCGCAUCACGAGGUACGAUGCCCAGCUGAUCCUAGAGAACAGCUCUGGGAUCCCCAAAUUGACUCUGCGGAGGCGCCACGAUAGCAGCAGUAAGGCCCACGACCAAGAUGGCGACGGCAUGAACGCUUCCAAAAUCAGCAUCAAGCUAAGCAAAGACCACGACAAAGACAACAGCCUGUACGUGGCCAAGCUCAACAACGGGUUUAACUCAGGGUCAGGCGGCGGCAGCGCCACCAAAUUAAAGAUUCAGCUCAAACGCGAGGAGGAGAGCCGGGGCCCCUACGCAGAGGAGCUCCGCGGCGACAACGGGCUCUGCUGCCAGGAGACUCUGUCCCUCCUCGAGUCGAGGAUGGACAUGGACGACUACAGCCAGUACGAGGAGGAGAGCGCCGAGGAGUCGUCCUCUUCGGAGGAAGACGACAACGACGAGGACGACGACGAAGACGAGGACGAGGACUACGAAGACGAGUUCGAGGACGACUUCAUCCCUCUUCCUCCAGCCAAGCGGCUCCGGCUCAUCGUGGGCAAAGACUCCAUUGACAUCGACAUUUCCUCGAGGAGGAGAGAAGACCAGUCUCUGAGGCUCAACGCCUAAGCCGCGGACGGGCUCGACGGUCCCCGGGAUCCGCGCCAGAGAAACACGAGUAAUUCCAGUCUCAAUGAUUCCUCACCUGAAAGACCCGAGGGCAGCACUUCCUGUAUUCCUUGAUCAGCCUAAUAUUGUAGAGAGUGUACAGCAAACGGACUCUUCCUUCGCCCGACGGGCGCCAUUUUUAUUGUACUUUUUAAAUAGCCUUCUGAUGUGCAAUUCUAAGGUCGAGGGGAUGCCCUGUUGUAAAAUAAAGGCUCGAGCAAAAUUGUACAGAGAGAUAGAGCAACUUUCCAUGCAGGACAGUGAAAACAAUGAUGUGGCUACACAAUGAUUUUUAACAAAACUUGAGAGCAUUCGCGGGCUCUUUAAUAUCGACUAAACCGUAAUUUAAAAAAAUCACCGUAGUAGCAUAUUAACGUUUUCUAGUACAUGUGACUAUCACCAGCAAUGACCUACGGCUUUUUGAUUUACUUGCUAGAUGUUCCCCCUUGGAGUUUUGUCCGUUUUACACUGUACGCUGUCCCGGAUGUACUCUUUGUGGCCUUUGUCAUAGUAGCAAACUGUUGGUUGGAAGUCAAAUUGAUUUCUUUAAAAAAAAAAAAAAGUCCAAUUACAAAGGUGUUGAGAGUUUGCUAACUUGUUAGUACAUUAUAUGUACGAGGGUAGCAGUCUGCAGAACGGAAGUUUGGAUAUGGUGUAUUUAUUGCUUGUUAUGUAAAUUAAACACCUUGUAUUUAACACUUUUCAAUACUUUUAGAUAAAAUUGUUCUUUGCAAGAA